CAGUGCUCACAGGCACGUGUGUGUGUCAGGAGUGCGACUUGGGACAUGAGAGGACUGUGACAAAAAAGGGGUUGAUGUUACCUGAUGUUCCUAUUGACUGGGAUGUUGGUGAAGCGGAUGCUCCUUUGAGGGGGAAGAGAGAGAGAGGGGAGGGCGAGCGAGCGAUUGAGUGAGCCGAGGAGGUGGAGAGAGAGAGAGAGAGAGAGUAGGGCAGAGAAAGCAGGGAGCCGAAGAGAGCGUGUGCAGUGGGAAAGAGGACACGGAGAGGAAGAGGAAACAGCAUCUGCUGAGCUCGCCAUCGAACCGAGUUACUGCUGAUAUCUCCAGGUGCGCUUUCUGGAUCCUAGGGCUAGCUGGCUAGUCCCCUCUGGCCCCCCCUCCCCAAUCGCCCCACUGCACACGCCCCCCCAACACCAAGCAGGAAGGCUGGGGAGGCGCAAGCGAUCCACACGGCUUUGCUUUCUUCCCGGGGCAGAGGAUGGUCGGGUCGAGCCGGCUCUCUGUCACCAAGACCACUGCUGCCUGUCCUGCCCCUCCGCGUGGGGGUCCUACGACGCCUGAGACAUGAGCUCCAAGCUGCACUCCGACUGGAUCCCGUACAGCACCUUAGAUGAUGAGAGCAGCACCAUGCGGCAGCAGAAGCUGGACAGACAGCGAGUCCUGCUGGAGCAGAAGCAGAAGAAGAAGCGGCAGGAACCCCUAAUGGUGCAGGCUAAUGUAGAUGGGCGCUCGCGUGCCCGCAGGACCAGGCAGUCGGAGGAGCAGGCGCCGCUCGUGGAGUCCUACCUCAGCGGCAACAGCGGCGCCAUUUACCACGUGCAAGAGGCCGAACAGGAGGAGGAGAAGGAGGUGGCGGAGCCCCCCCAGGCCCCCCGCUCGGGCAAAAAAGCCAAGGGCGCCUCAUCCACCCCCCAAACCAGCAGUGGCAAAAAGGAGAAACGGGGAAAGCACAAAGGAAUCGAUGGCCCGGCGGGUCUCCAGGACGAGGCCCAGGACCCCAGCGGUCAGGUCCAGAUUCUGACGGUGGCAGAAGAGGUGGGGAGCGACGGCGUGAGCGGCGGCCAGCAGCAGGGCAAGCAGGACCUCCGGGUCAGCAUGCUGAAGAAAGGCAUUUCCAGUAGCAUGAAUUUUGACGAAGAGGAGGAUGACGAGGAAGAAGAUAGUUCCAGUUCUUGUCAGCUCAACAGUAACACGAGGCCUGGCUCAACCACAAGCAAGAAGUCAGGAAAGGAAGCGGCCUCUGCCCUCACUCCACCGACCAUCGAGCCUGCCAUCGACGUGGAUGACCUGGAGGAGUUCACUCUGAGGCCUGCACCUCAGGGGGUGACUGUAAAGUGUAGGAUCACGCGUGACAAGAAGGGCAUGGACCGGGGAAUGUACCCCACCUACUACCUCCACCUGGAAAGAGAAGACGGGAAGAAGGUGUUCCUAUUGGCGGGAAGGAAGAGGAAGAAGAGCAAGACGUCAAAUUACCUCAUCUCCAUCGACCCAACCGAUCUCUCUCGAGGUGGGGAGAGUUUCAUUGGGAAACUGAGGUCAAACUUAAUGGGAACAAAGUUUACGGUCUACGACAAUGGAUUGAAUCCCACGAAGAGCACUUCCAGCUUGGAGGCCAGCAACCUGCGGCAGGAAUUAGCAGCUAUCUGCUACGAAACCAAUGUUUUAGGUUUCAAAGGACCUCGAAAAAUGAGCAUCAUAAUUCCUGGAAUGAACAUGGAAAAUGAGAGGGUGUCCAUAAGGCCCCGAAAUGACCAUGAGUCCCUGCUGGCCCGGUGGCAGAGCAAGAGCACAGAGAGCAUCAUCGAGCUACACAACAAGACGCCUGUGUGGAACGAUGACACGCAGUCCUAUGUGCUCAACUUCCAUGGCAGGGUCACUCAGGCCUCCGUCAAAAACUUCCAGAUCAUCCACGAUAACGACCCGGACUACAUCGUGAUGCAGUUUGGUCGAGUGGCAGAAGACGUCUUUACCAUGGACUACAACUACCCAAUGUGUGCCCUGCAGGCCUUCGCUAUUGCCCUCUCCAGCUUUGACAGCAAGCUGGCCUGCGAGUAGGGCCCCAACCACCUCGCUGCCUAUCUCCCGUGGAUUUCCACGACCACACUUCCGGCUACCGACCUAGGGCUGUGGUGACCAGGCCCACACUCUGUGGGCCCCAUGCGGCUAAACCGACUGCCUGCUUGUACAACCUCUGUGGCUCCUGUGGGAUGUGUGGAGACGAUCUGGUUAACUGCGAGGUACAAGGCAUCUCCCUGUACUGCACGUCUUUCUUCAGUUUCUGCACUGACAUCAGGCACAAAGGCCAGGAUACCCGAAUCUGUAUCAGUGAUAAGCACAAGGAGCGAUGGAACGUUGAACCGAAGGCUUCUUGAUGUGUACAAUGUGUCAAGUGAAAUUAUGACCAUGAAUGAGUAUGACUACUACCAUCGUUCGUAGGUGUGGUGCACGCAAGUGUUGAUUUACCCAUGAAAUAGCUUUUGUGUGGAUGGAAAGUGUUGCUAGCUAGCACUAACCACGUGAUAUUCGUUAUGUUUGGAGAAAGCGUUGUGAUCACUUUAACUUUCUCACAUAGUGACAACUUGACCAUCAUUAGUUGAAUAAUGCUUUAUAAUACUUGUAUUGAAACUGUGAAGAUUCAGUCUGGUUAUUAAAACACUUCAUAUUA